GGUGAACGGCUGGGUCCUGCAGUUCUACUUCCACCAGGCCAUGGCGGCCUACCGCUCCGGGCGGAACCGCGACUUCCGCCAGCUCCGCGACGUCAUGCAGGCGCUGCUUGUGCGGCCCCUGGAGAAGGAGCCCAUGGUGGCCCAGAUGCUGCGCAUAAUGCAACUCCUGUCACGGAUUGAGGAAGGCGAAAACCUCGAUUGCACCUUCGAUAAAGAGUCGGAGCUCACCCCUCUUGAAUCGGCCAUCGGCGUCCUGGAGCUCAUUCAGAGAGAAUUCUCUGUGGCUGAGAAGACGAUGGAAGCUGUUCAGAAGAUGGUGAAGGAAGCUGCUGUUAUUGUCUGCAUCAAAAACGGAGAGUUUGAUAAAGCUUCAAAAAUUGUCAAGAGUCAUAUGGGGAAGGAGCCCAGAAGCCAGAAAAAGAGGAACGAGUUGCUGACUGUCAUCCGGGAGAAGAAUUUCACUCAUCCGGUGGUCAAAAACUUCUCUUACAAGAACUUCCAGCAAAGCGUCUUUCAGUCCCUGAAGACCUACGUGGACGAUUCGGAGCCCCUGCUGCUAACGAUAAUGAAAAAGACUUUGAAUUCAGAACAUGCCGAAGAACCAAAAUGCUCAUCGGCGACUCCCGAGUCUGCAAAUGGGCCAGAGGACCAGGCAGCGGCUCCGGAGCCCUCGGGACGGGCAAAGGGCCCAGCAGGAGCUCCAGAGCCUGCAGAAACCGCAAAAGACCUGGAGGGAGCUCCCAACCCUGCAGAAAGGGCAGACGACCCCGCAGAAGCUCCUGAGCCCAUGGAAGGAGGUGGUGACUCUGCAGCAGCGCCCGAGCCUAUGGAAGGAGCUGCUGACCCAGCAGCAACUCCUGAACAUAUCACAGCAGCGGUUAAUAUCUUGGAAGAUGCUUCAGAGCCUAUGGAAAUAGCUAAAGAACCCGCAGCAGCAGCUCCAGAACUUCCAGGAGUGUCCUUCAGGGACUCGGAAAGGCAGCCCUCUGGAACUGUAACCGCGUAUGGGAUUUCUGUUCUGAGAGAAGCUUUCAAGAUCCUGUCGGACUCCCAGGAUUGUGAUGCGCUCUUCACCAAACUGGACGAAACAGACUUUUCUUUCCCCAAGCAACUGUCUCCUUCUGUAUCCCACAGAACCAAGAGACGGAAAGAAGAGGAGAAUCAAGAUUCUGAGAUCUCAGACCCUCCUGAAAUAUCCCAUAAGGGCAAACGCUUGUUGACCAUAAGCAAACUGGUCAUGGAGCAAGACAGCCAGUACAGCGAGUCGAGUGAGAGCCCAGACUCUUCCCAGGAGCCAGUUGUAUCUUCUGCUUCCAGACCUGUUCAGAAAUUGCAUGACCAGCCUGUAUCUACUAAGAGUGCCAAGUCCUUCCAAGGAAGGUGGAACAGCUCGUAUGGCGAAGAAGAAAAAGACAGAUGGAGCGAGGAGGAUGAGCUCUUCUCAGAUGUGGCAUCAUUUGGGACAAACAGCCACAACGCUACAGUCUUCGGUUCCAAGAAACAGAAAUGGACAAUACAAGAGAGCGAGUGGAUCAAAGAGGGCGUGAAGAAGUUUGGAGAAGGGAGAUGGAAGGCCAUUUGCCAGAAAUACCCCUUCCGGAACCGCACGGCAGUGAUGAUCAAGGAUCGCUGGCGGACCAUGAAAAAGCUGGGAAUCCUCUAAAGUUGGGAGCCACGGGACCUUCAGUGCAGAAACCUUCUUAUUUUGCUUUUGAAAGAUGGACCGGGGCUGUAGCAGCGGGGAGGCUGCUGUGCUCGUCCCUGAUGUGUGUGGGCGCCGGCGUGGUGAGCCCCUCUGGCUUGUGGUACCCGAGACUGCUGCAGCAGACGGAAACCACGUCUGACAAGAACCGCGGAGCCUUGUGUCUCGAGUUGUAGCUGCAAGGUUUAGGUCUUCCGCAGUUGGCAGAAGCUGCGCAGCCUGAUUGCAUGCGCUUGGAAGCGGCCCGGAUUGGGACUUCCUUUUCCACCAGACAACUGCAGCCUUUGUAGAACGAAUCCCAACCUGACGGGCCGCUGAAACAACAGUUUUCUCUGCUUGGAUGCUGUCAAAUGGCUGGAUAAUCCCGUCAGCGGCUAUUUUUAUGUGUUUUAAUUGUCUAAAUUGUGAAUCUCUUGUUUCAUCCGCUUGCACUCAGUCCCCUGUGGGAGAGAGGCAGCACACAGUCCCAGAGCUUCUGGGAGAAGAAGAGAUUUAGGCAAGGUGAUCUGCUUAGAUUUUUUUUUUUUUUCCCCUCCACAUUUCUUUCUGCUUUGUAAACGGCUAGUCUGCGAGUGGGAAUUCCUCCCUCCCAGCUUUGAGGCUUUAAAAACAUUAUUUUUUGUUUCAGUACUUAAAUGUCGGUUGUUCCCAUGUUAAAAGUUCCAGUGCUUACUCAUUUCA